CAGCACACAUCCAGAGUGCAGCAUCAUGCAGGAGAUCGAAGAGGAGCGCAGCCAGUGCUUGGCAGAGCUUAUGGGGGAUAACCAGACUUCAGGUUGCAGAAGGCAGUGGGACAACAUCACGUGCUGGCCCGAAGCGGAGGUGGGAGAAGUUGUGGUACGGCCAUGCCCGAAGUACUUCAGAUUCCUCACCACCUUUCUCGGGAACGUGACCAGGAAUUGUACAAGCCAGGGCUGGACGGACGUGUACCCUGCACCGUAUACCGUAGCUUGUGGAUAUGAUUCCAACAGCACUCCAGGGGAAGAGCAAACGGCGUUCUAUGGCACAGUCAAGACUGGCUACACCAUUGGACAUACCUUAUCGCUCAUUGCUCUCACGGCUGCUAUGAUCAUUUUAUGUCUCUUCAGAAAACUACACUGUACUCGAAAUUACAUUCAUAUGCACCUCUUCAUGUCCUUCAUAAUGAGAGCUAUCGCAGUCUUCAUAAAAGAUGUCAUCCUAUUUGAAAGUGGAGAAUCUGAACACUGCUUCGUGAGUUCAGUAGGCUGCAAAGCCAUGAUGGUUUUCUUCCAGUACUGCGUCAUGGCCAACUUCUUCUGGCUCCUGGUGGAGGGGUUGUAUCUUCACACGCUGUUGGUCAUCUCCUUCUUUUCAGAGAGGAAGUACUUCUGGUGGUACAUCUUGAUUGGCUGGGGUGCCCCUACCGUGUUUAUCACUGCUUGGACCAUUGUCAGGAUUUACUUUUUCGAUGUUGGGUGCUGGGAGGAAGUAGUGGAAUCCCCAUUCUGGUGGAUCAUUAAAACUCCUAUUUUGGUGUCUAUUUUGGUGAACUUCAUUCUCUUCAUUUGCAUCAUCCGUAUCUUAGUCCAGAAGUUGCAUUCCCCAGACAUUGGACACAAUGAAACCAGCCAGUAUUCGAGGCUGGCCAAGUCUACCUUGCUGCUGAUCCCUCUCUUUGGCAUUCACUACAUCAUGUUUGCUUUCUUCCCUGACAAUUUCAAAGCAGAAGUUAAGCUGGUCUUUGAGCUCGUGGUUGGGUCGUUCCAGGGAUUUGUGGUGGCUGUUCUGUACUGUUUUCUCAAUGGGGAGGUCCAAGCUGAGCUCAAGCGAAAGUGGCGGAGGUGGCAUCUAGAGCGGUUCCUGGGCUCGGACAUGAAGUAUCACCACCCUUCCUUAGGCAGCAACGGCACCAACUUCAGCACCCAGAUCUCCAUGCUGACCAAGUGCUCACCAAAGACACGCCGGUGCUCUGGCUUCCAGGCCGAAUUCUCUCUGGUGUGAUGGGGAGAUGCUCUCCAAGCACUGAGCAUCCAAGAGAGAAACUGAGAGACAGAAGGAUCCCCAGGAAUCAGCGAUACGAUGACAAAUCCUUGUGAAAUGACACGCUCCUCAUGAGCCAACAGAGGACACAAAACUGGAAAAGCCACUGGCAUCCAGAACAAGAUCAGACAAGCCAAGAGGCAGAGAAAUACUUUUCUUCUCCCUCUUUUCAGACCUUUCACUCUUACGUUUCAAGCCCUCAGGGGUUGAUAACUAUGAGUAAAGGUCCCGGUCACUUGAGGAGAGCCUGGGAGAUCCUGAUGUGUCUUAAAUAAUGAAGUAGGGGGCAAGGGAGGGGAAAGCCCGAGUCCUCGGUGGCUUUACCAGAACCGGCAUCUCUGAAACAGAUACAUUGCACUUUUUAAAAAAUGAGCCAGUAAAGGACAGAGGGAGCCAAGAAGCAAGGGGGGGGGGAAGAGAAAAAAAAAAAGCCAAACAUAAGAAUGUGCCAAAAGUCCCGUUGAUAAGAGGUGGUGAUAAGGCACCGAAGAGAGAGUUGGGGACACGGGGAGAAGGGACAGGAGGAAGAGGAGCGGGAAGGGGAGAUGCCAGCACACGGCCCCUGCCUCUGGGUUUUACACGUGUGAAGAUGAAGCUGCAGCACCAGGAAAGCCCCUCGGAGGAUGCCCCAGUGCUGCAGGGUGUUCUGCUAAUCGCCCACCCUCCUUGUUAGCAAAAGCUUUCCAAGCACCCUUGGGUGCCCUCUGGAAAAGCAGGUCACUGAGAAGGAACAGCAUGAGUGCCCUUCUCUGCGCUGUGUUCAUGACAUCGUAUUUUGUUUGGUUGUUUUCAAUGAACAGGAAACUCAAUUUGCAUGUAUAAAAACCAGGUACAGAUGC